AUGUUCUGUCCAUUGCAGGCUAGGCAUUUGUGCUUCGUCCUCCUCCUGUGCAUCCCUUUGGCAUGGGCUGGCGUCCCUGGUCCGUGUCGGCACUCUGUGACAAAGGGUCACCUCCUCAACCUCAAUCGCCUGGUGAGGACACCUCAUACCACACUAAAUCAUACAGUAAUAUCAACAGACUCUACAAACAAAAAAUCUACUUGAGAUAUAGUUGCUUACAAUCACUCAAACUGUCAUAUAAGUCAUGCCUGAAUGUAUUGAUGUUAAUGAAAGGUUUCCUCCCAAGUUAGUAAAUGUAUUAUCCAAAUGUAGGAUUUUUCCUUCUGUGACCCACAAACAUAACUAAUGAGAACAAUAUGUGGCAGAUGUGAAUUCUCUAUGGCGGCAUGACUACCCUCACUAUCAUCCUGGAGAAUCAUAUCUACCCAAUUCCACGCUUCUGUUUUACAUUUCACUGUUUGUAUCUUUGUUUGCCACGCAGAUUGACAAUCAGUUGGAGAAUGGCUGUUCAAUAACCUACGUAUUCACUGAGCUCCAGAGUUUGGUGAGUAUUUCCUUCCUACUACACUCCAAUUACAUCUUUCACAACAAAAUGAAUUUGAUGUGUGCAGAUAAAGGAUGUUAUACCAAAGAUUUGCACAACAUCACAACCAGUCACUGUCAAGAUAGUCUUGUUCUUUCAAGAUGUGCCAGGCUGGCAUACUGAUUCAAACGAAUGCUCUCACUUCUGACAUUACAGAUCCAAGUUCAUCACAUCUCUUGCUCCGUCCAGCCUUUACGCAAAAAUCUAAUUAUAUUUAGAAGAAGAAACAUAAUCCCAUGAAAGAGACGGGUUUAUCCCCUGGAAGGGAAAUGUUUUGAAAAUACCUCUGAACUGUGCCAAGUUACAUGAGAUAGAUAAAGAGAGGGAGCUGUGUGGCAGUAUGGAGUCAGGAUCCCCGCCCCCAGUUUAACUUGUCACCUAUCAGGAAAUGGUUUAUGGGUUAACCGUUUACUGCAGUGGGCUAAAUCAGAGUCACACAGUGUUUCUUGGUAGUCUUAAACAAAAGUAUACACCUCACACACAUGGUUAUGGGCUUAAAAAAUAAGACCCCUGUACGGAUGUUGGAUCACCACCUCAAGCUGAAUCUCGGCAAGACGGAGCUGCUCUUCCUCCCUGGGAAGGACUGCCCGCUCCAUGAUCUCACCAUCACAGUUGACAACGCCAUUGUGUCCUCCUCCCAGAGUGCAAAGAGCCUUGGCGUGACCCUGGACAACACCCUGUCGUUCUCUGCUAACAUCAAAGCGGUGACCCGAUCCUGCAGGUUCAUGCUCUACAACAUUCACAGAGUACGACCCUACCUUACACAGAAAGCAGCACAGGUCCUAAUCCAGGCACUUGUCAUCUCCCGUCUGGAUUACUGCAACUCGCUGUUGGCUGGGCUCCCUGCCUGUGCCAUUAAACGCCUACAACUUAUCCAGAACGCCGCAGCCUGUCUGGUGUUCGACCUUCCCAAGUUCUCUCAUGUCACCCCGCUCCUCCGCACACUCCACUGGCUUCCAGUUGAGGCUCGCAUCUACUACAAGACCAUGGUGCUUGCCUACGGAGCUGUGAGGGGAACGGCACCUCCUUACCUUCAGGCUCUGAUCAGACCCUAUACCCAAACGAGGGCACUACGUUCAUCCACCUCUGGCCUGCUAGCUCCCCUACCUCUACAGAAGCACAGUUCCCGCUCAGCCCAGUCAAAGCUAUUUGCUGCUCUGGCACCCCAAUGGUGGAACAAGCUCCCCCACGACAGCGGAGUCACUGACCACCUUCCGGAGACACUUGAAACCCUACCUCUUUAAGGAAUACCUGGAAUAGUAUAAAGUCAUCCUUCUACCCCGCACCCCCCCAUAAAAAAAAAGAAAAAAAAGAAGUGGUUGUCCCACUUGCUAUCAUAAGUUGAAUGCACCAAUUUCUAAGUCGCUCUGGAUAAGAGCGUCUGCUAAAUGAUGUAAAUGUAAAUGUACCAUGUCAGAUAUAGAGUUGAAAUGUAUUCAAUUUUUAGUUUGCAUCCCAAUAUUACACUUUAUAUACAUCACAAAACUGUUUGACAUAGAAACAAUGGAUUUUCGGCAGGUUUUUUGAAAUAAUGUUGAUUAAUUACGACAUUAUGAAAAAUAUUGAUAACAUUCCACCCAUUCGGCCACUAAGUCAUUUGACUGUAAGAAAGGGCUACCAAGGUCUCUGAAAUGGUGAAGGUCUGUUUAAAGGUUGUGCCAUAUACUACCACGAGGACCUGUUGGUAGGUAGCUAACUUUUUCUGCACCUCCAUUUCAGUCUAGUGAUACAGGAAGCAAAAUCAUUGUCACUAAGAGGAAACGACUAUCUGUUGAGUCAUGAGUGACUUUCCAGGUCUGCUUUGGAAAGGAAGUUCAAACUCAAUGGAAAUCUGUGUUUAAAAAAUGCAGUGACGAUAGGUUUCUUUUUCCUUUGAACCACAGAGUGAAGUAUGUUAUGUGAAAGCAGCCUUUCCACAAAUCCUGGAGCUUCUGAACACAAACUUCAAUUAUGUCAUGAAGUCAGACAACGGGCGUUAUGUCAAAGCCCUGAAGAAGGUCAUAUACAACCUUUACUCCCAAAACUGUAUACCUGAAAUCAACGAGGAGAUUGAGGUGAGUGCUACCUACUUAUGAUCUUUGCUACUCUAGUCUGGGAAUAGGCUUAGGUAAAUCUCUUCCAAAGGUCUGUUGGAUUGUGCCAGACAGCAUAAAUUACUUCUCAGAAGUAAACAAAGUGAAACAGUGCUUGGGAGGUUGGUACAUGCAGUGCAGCCUUAUUAAAUUGGACCAUUUGAAAAGGCAUAGUAGUAUGCAGUGAUGUUAAAAAGGUUUCUCUUAAAUUACAAUAGGACAUGGUAACUCUAAACACAUUGUUUUAUUACAAUAUGGCUCCUUAGAUAUAUAUUAUGUUCUUGAAACAUGUUAAGCUGUUCAGUGGUCAUGGUGGUUAAAUAGAUCAAUUAGAUAAAGUAAGGAUAAAAUACAAUCAAUCAAUCAAUCAAUCCAGCUUCCUCAGACCUCAAAUAAACUCAAUUUACAGAGAGUACAGAGGAACAGUCACCAAUAUUCAAUUUAGCAUUGAAUUCUUUCUUUAAGGAUAUUGUGACCCCAGAUAUGGCAGGGUUAAUAGAAUAUGUUUUACAGUACGGAAAAAAUGUGAUCUGUAUUAAUAAUAAUAUGCCAAUUAGCAGACGCUUUUAUCCAAAGCGACUUACAGUCAUGCGUGCAUACAUUUUUGUGUUUGGGUGGUCCUGGGGAUCGAACCCACUACCUUGGCGUUACAAGCGCCGUGCUCUACCAGCUGAGCUACAGAGGGCCACAUUAAGUUGGCUUGGGGAGGUGGUCCUCUGUAGCUCAGCUGGUAGAGCACGGUGCUUGUAACGCCAGGGUAGUGGGUUCGAUCCCCGGGACCACCCAUACACAAAAAUUUAUGCACGCAUGACUGUAAGUCGCUUUGGAUAAAAGCGUCUGCUAAAUGGCAUAUUAUUAUUAUUAUUAUAUUAAGGUAGCAGGGCCCAGGAGACAGCAAUGCACAGCAGUCACCGUCCAUAACCCUGCACACUUCAGAAUGCCAGUAAGUCUGGGCAAAUCAUCUUCUGUCUAUAUUAGAUCAGUGUUAAAUUAAGGUCAGACAUGAGACUGGUGCCUCUGUAUGUCUCUUGGUACCCUGUGAUGCUGGUAUCAGACAAUGGUUUCUCUUCAGGCGACCCCUGUCUCUUAAGGGAACGCUUGUCCAACAUCUACACUGUGAAGUUUGGGCUAGCUAAAUGUGUCUGUUUUGUGAAUGGCUGUAGUCUUAUCCAGUAUCAAAUAUUAAAAUAACCCCUAUAUGAAACAAAUUACUUGACUCAAUCAGAGUGAUUGAUUGUAUAAUUUCUCAGCUGAUUUUCCUCAAACAAAAUAUAAUUUUUUACUAUUUUUUACCUUUACUUUCCGCAAAGUAAUUUGUCACGAAACCCUUUCAAACUUUUAAAUACUGAAGACUUAUGCCAAGGUGGCCAAUAGCCAAUGAAGUGGCGUUGGAAAUAGACACUUACAUUUUGUUUCUAAUAUAUAAUUAUCUAGAAUAGCCUUCUCCUCUUGCAACUCCCUUCACAGGGAUCUGAGUUUUCAUUACUGGAGUUGAUCAAACAUUCAUUAGGCAUGAGGCAUUAACUGAGUGCUAUUGAAAACAACUUUAAAGUGUUUCAGGAUGUUUUGAAUUGUUAGUAGAGAAUGAAUGUGACCCAUCCCGUCUCCUCUCUCUCUCUCCUCUCAUCUCUGUCACAGGACAACCCAGUGAAGUUUGUGAGGGUGCACAGCACCUUGCCCAGAGAGGCUCUGAGGAAGGCCCGCGGGGUCAUUGAGAUGUACAUGACCCUGAUGACCAAGAGCAACGGGCCCAUCAACUGGAACUGUGAGGAAGAGUAUGCUGAGGAUUACCCAGAAUCCGCCACUGCCCUCCCCACCCAAACCACAGGUAGA